AUGGCCAUGCAGAACGAUUCUGGGGGUAUCUAUUCACCAUCAGACGACACUGAGGGUCCUGUACUACGUGACUUUGUAGAUGAAACUAUCGCCCAUGAAAAUGAACCAAUCAGUAUGCCUUCUCCAAGGACAGAGUUACUGUCAUCUACUUCGAAUCUCGCAAACGAAUCGCACAAUGACCGAAGCUCUCGUUCACGUCGAGGGCCCACAGAGCGUUAUCGUCGAGAGCGCGAAUCGGUCUAUAGGCACACUUCACACAACGACCUCUUGCGUAUCCUCAUUGAGAAGGAGUAUACGGCUUCAAAGAUGCAGAAGACCCUCUACAUGGCUUUUGCCCAACUGGAGGGAGAAACACAACGCGCCAACGAGGCACGAAAACAGGUUGAAGAAACCCUCUCCCGCGUCAGUGCACUGAAUCAGAGGACACUGAAUGCAGAAGCCGAAACGCGUACCCUAAGGGAGGAAUUAAAUUUAUACAGGAUCCACUACGAAAUGGCCCAAAACCAGAUCACCAAAGCCCAGACUGUGCUUGCGACCUUACGAUCGCAAAAAGAGAACGCUGAGACAGUGGCUCGAAAGGCAAGAGGUGAUGCAAGGAAGGUGAAGGAGGCACUUGGAGUCUGGAAAGCGAGGGAGGAGGGUAGAAAACAGGGGUUCGAAGCCGGUUGGCGGCGAGCACGCGAAGAGUUUGGCCUCUCAACAGGUCAACCAAUUCUGCCUCUAAACUAUAUCAAGCCAGGAGAACGACAAUUAAUCCAGCCAGAGACUGCCUCUUCAGAAACAGACGAAGAUGAUUAUGAAGAUGACAUUUCAUAUACGGCCUCAGAUUCACAUGCUGACGAUCUACGUCUACCACACGAACCUGUCGAGCCCAUCUAUACUGCCUCGUCAACAGGACCCCCUGCACCUGAGAACAUCGCAGCUUCAUCAUCUGGUCAUCCAAUCUCCACAUCACACUAUGUCGAACCGGGACGCGCACCUUCCUCAGUGUUGGUACCCGAGUACAUUCAGCAACACCAGAUGCCGCCACCUCGAACACCAUCUGCCGUGGGAACCCGUACCCCAGCAAUGGAGAGAUUUAGCAUAGACAUACCACCAGCAGAUUCUGUGGUUGUGAAUCAGAACAUUAAUCCUAUGCAGCCCACUCGUUCUAAUUCCUUCAAGAAAUUCGUGCCAGUUCCAUGGCGUCCCGGUGCUCAUCGUGAACGUCCCUCGUCCCCCCAUCCCCCUGAUAAUUACAUUCCUGAAGUAUCUGAAGACGGGUUAAUUCCUUUACCUCCACCACAUGAAAUGGGUGACUAUUUUCCGACUCCUCGGUCACAAAUUACGGAUCUCCCUCACCAUACCAGAAGUGUCAGCCUUGACGGGAGUUUCGGCGGUGGAAAUAGUGGUGGUGGUAGACCAGCAAGCGCUUCAGGAGGGCGAAGAGGUUUUGAGUCUGCGUACGGCGACCUAGAUCGUGAAGGACCCUCUACGUCUCGUCUACCAAAUGACGAAACCGUAGGUGGUCCGUCGGAUCUUCAAACUCCCGCUUCUUGGUAUCAAAACAAACCCACUUCACGGCCAUCCUCUGUUAGGUCAAGAGAUUUCGCCUACUCAGAAUCUGGCCAUCGUCCCCAUGCCUCCGUGGAUUCUAAUCUAACGGGCUCCUCGAAUCUCUCUCAUAUAGAUAUCAUUAGAGGACGGGAGGAACCCUUGACGAGCGAACCGAAGCAAGGCGGCGCAAUUACCAACGUCUUUCGGGCGUUAAAGGGGAAGGGGAAGGGGAAGGCCCGCCAAUUGAGUGUGAUCAAUGAGAAUCCACUCAGCCGACAGGGAAGCUUGAAUGUUCAUUCUCAGGUGCACGCAGUUUUGACACCGAGUUCAACACAGAAUGUUCAGAGUGGCGACAGUCUCCAAACCCGCGCGUCUCCAUCAACUCAACAGGCAGACUCGUUCUCCCAUGAUUCCAGAUAUGCUGCCCCCACUGGACCCGGGAGAGCGAAUCAAUGGCAAAGCCCACGCCCAAUUGAGGUACGGCAUGAUCGGCCACCUCGUAACGUUCGUCUGCCAGCUCAGUUGACUGUCCCCGCUCCUCUCUCCCCACAGACCCAGCGAGUGGCAAAUACCUCCAUUCCAGAACGAGCUCGUAUGCAAACUAUGUCAAGCGGCUCCAUGAGCUCAGGCUUCUAUCAAGGUUCUCUGAAUCAGCCGAGAGGUUCUCGCUCGUUUGCCCAAACUAUGCAAAGACCAGCCAGUGUGGGUAGUAGACGGACAGGAAAUUCCAUGACCGGAAGCCCACCUGUAGGAAUCAAUGUCGAGCCGCCUUCUCAAUCCCCGUCUGAACACCCUGGUAGGGUACCAAGCGGUAUCUCCCACAAGUCGUUCAGCGCGGACCCACACUAUGAUACCAUCUUUCGAGCCGAUGCGCCCACAUCGCCACGUCCUUCUCUUUCAAAUAAAUAUUCAAACCCAUUACCUGAUGACUGGGUCCCCACAGUUCCGAAUACGCCAGAGAGUGCGCCGUUGACAUGGCCCGCCGCUCGUUCUCCUGAUAGGAGGUCCUACGUAGAUCCUUACGAUCGACCGGGUAGGUCGCAAAGACCGAAGUCUCCGUCUGUUAACGUUAACACAUCUCGAUCGGAAAUUCCCAACAAUUCACGAGGGGGUGGUCCUAAUGGCCCUUCCAACAGCGGAAUAGGGGGAGCGCCAUACUCUGCGGCAGAUGCGAACGGCUCUAACGCCAGUAUCGUCGGGGGCACACUCAGGCGUGUCCCGUCGAAUUUGUCCACUCGUUCUCGAGGUUCAUAUAAACAUUUCGAUCCGGAAACUUAUCAAGAUCCAGCGUUAUUCCUGAGUGGUGAUUCUAGUGCGAGACCCCCGAGUCGACCAAGGUCCCUAUCCCGAACCAGCGCCCAGCCUCCAAGCGGCCUGGAAUAUAUUUAA